CGAUGAUCUCCAACGCAUUUUGAUGGGAUCCAAGGCAUCCACAGCGACGUGUUUGCCUUUCCUGGGUUUCUUCCACCGGGCCUCAUCUGUCGCCACUUCCUUCGCCCAGCCGGCGAUGCUGCAGAUGCCUCCGAAGAGGAGCUCGUUCGCGCUUGGAAUCAUCGCUGAUGUCCAGUAUGCCGAUCACGACGACGGCUGGUAUGCCGAGAAAGCAAGAUGGAGGCAGUCAGGGGCAUGACACUCCAUCUCACAUCUGUGGACUGCUGUGCUGUAUGUGUAGGGACUUUGUGAGUGUUGUGACACAGAACAGAGAGGGGCGGGGCUCAUGUUACCGCAUGGCGAUUCACCAUCUGCUGUGUUGUGUUGUGUGGUGUAUGUUGUGUGCAGGCCAGGACGCGCAAGAGAUACUACCGCCAGUCGCUGAAACUGCUCCAGAAGGCCGUCGACGAGUGGAACAAACGCUCUCUCGACGGCGUCAUACAGGUGCGGACAGACAGACAGACAGACAGGCAGGCAGACAGGCAGACGGACAGGCCGCAUGCAGAGUGUGUUCACGAGAAGUUGUGAGUGUGUGCGCGCGUGUUGUGUUUGGUCAGCUGGGUGACUUGAUUGACGGCAAGAACAAGGGCCUCAAACAGGUGGCUGGGGAGGAGCAUCCCUCCGAGAGGGCCCUGCGGCUGGUGAUGGAGCAGCUCAACCGCCUCACAUGCCCUCUCUACUCUCUGCUGGGCAAUCACGAAUUCUACGUAAGCAGAAAAAUCGUGUGUGUGCGUGUGUGUGUGUUCAUUUCUGUCUCUUGCUGCUCAUUCGGUCAGAACUUGCCUCGUCAGGAGUGGGUGAAGCGUCUGCUCAGCAACGUGGCACUCGACGGCGACCCUGACCGAGCCUACUACCAAGUGCAAAUCGCCGAUGGAUGGUCAGUUUGGUUGACACACACAACUGUCUAACCGCGCUGGCUGAUGGGUGUGUGUGUGUUGGUUUGUGCAAUGCAGGCGUCUGGUGGUAUUGGACUCGUAUGAGGUGUCUUCCUGCGGCUGGGAUGAGGGCCACCCCCGACACGCCGAGGCCAUGGAGUGGCUCAAGAAGCACAACCACAACAUACGCGACGCCAAAAGAGACUGGUGAGUCAGUCAGUGGUUGUGUGAGACGCCGGCAGAGAGAUUCAUGUGUGACAUCUCUGUCUGUCUGUCAGGUUGGCUGGGAUGAGGGGUCAGGCGAAGCGAUGGGUGCAUUAUAACGGCGGCGUUACACAGCAGCAGCUGCAGUGGCUCAGAGAUAUCCUCACAAAGGCCGACAAGGCAGACGAGAAGGUGCAGUGCGUGAGCCGUCGAUGCCCGCCCGCACCGUCCGCUCGUCUAUCUCUGGGCCCCCGGAUCGCUGCGUCUGUCUGUGUGAGUCUUCCUUCGUCAGGUGCUGCUGUUCAGCCACAUCCCCAUCUACCCGCCCUCGACAAAGGACACCACCAUCCUGUGGAACUACCAAGACGCCAUGAAGGUCCUCCACGAGACCCAAUGCGUCGUCGCCUGCUUCUACGGUCAGCCAGUCAGUCAGUCAACAGCCGCAGAAGCAAUCAGCAUGCUGCUGAUUCGCUGACCCCUUUCUUCGUUCUCUGUCUUUCGUAUUCCAGGCCACGAUCACGACGGCGGCGAGGCCGUCGACUCCCAUGGCAUCCACCACAUCACGCUCGCGUCGCCGCUCGAGUGCCUGCCGUCCGAGAACGCCUGGGGCAUCCUCCGCGGCGAUAGCGAUGGUGGUCUGGUGCUCGAGGGGCACGGCAAGGUGCCCUCGCUGACGAUUUCGGUGAGGGAAAACAAGAUUGAGAAGGCGGUCAAGGGGGGAUGAGAGGCGUGAUCCGAU